AUGGGCAAGCGGGCUUCCAAUGGCGGCACCGACGGUGCGGCCGCCUUCCGCAAGCGCCAGAAAAUCGCCCACGAGGCUCCCUCGUCCGAAGACAUCGAGUCCAGCGACCAGCUGAGGCGCCUGCUGGCGUUCGACCAAGAUCUACGACGGGCCCGACAUGGACUCCAAUCGUUCAAGAAGCUCCUCGACGAAGCCAUAUCCGGCGACGGCGACCGGAAAGCAAAGCUCGCCAUCCUUCAGCAGUACCUCGAGACGGUAAUGCCCAAGGACGCCGCCGACAACGACGAUGCCGUAUUUCUCAAUGAUAUCAUGGAGAUGUGGUCUUUUGCGGCUCAGGUCAACGACGAUGGCGUCAUGUCGUCCGUUGCCGUUGUCCUCGCCUUGCUCCUCCAACUCGUCUCCGAAUCUCUCCACCUCGUCGCCCACGGCCUCGGAAUCUGCCGCACACUCCUCCAAGAGCGACAGCUCAAGUCCUUGUCCAGAAAUUUGUCGGCUGAGAAGGGCAAGGGCUUCAUCAUCUCGCCUACGCUGCGCCUGCUGCGGGAAGCGGUCUGCCUGGACGGCGGCGCUUAUGCCAGAAGGGUUGUCCGCGAGAGAUCCUAUACGUUCACGUCUCUGGGGAGGAAUCUCGAGAUUGGCCAUACUGGCGACGGGCAAGAAGACUCGAGGCGAGCGUCUGUCCGAACCAACGCCGUCCGGUUCUUCCUCAGCUGCCUCAAAUAUCUGCAUCCCGAAGGGCGAAGAGAGCUGCUCUCGCAAAGGGAGCUCCUAUCCCAUCUCACAUAUAUGAUCAAGGCCGACCCGCCGUACCUCGUCUCCGAAAUUCUCGACACCCUCAAGACUUAUGUCCUGGCGGAGGUCAAGAUACCCCGAGAAGUGAAGUUCAAGAGCUUCAACACCAAAACACUACUGCGAUUCCUCGCACUCUACAACUACUCAUCACCAACCGGAGAACCAGAUGAUCGAGACGCUGUCAUUGAAAAGGCACACCAUUUCCUCAUGUAUGUAUGCACAACGCCGGCUGCCGGUGUGCUUUACCCAUACAAGGGCCUAUAUCCGAAGGAGUCGGAUGAGGAGACGACGAGCCGCUCGAUCAAGGGGCAGGCCGGCGCCAACUCUGAUCCCUGGGAAGGCCGGUUUCAAGAGGGCAUCCCCGUCUUCAACUUCGUCCUGUCUGAGUUUGCCGCCAAGUUGCGCCCGUGGUCCAGCUUGAAGCACAGCGAGCUCCUCGUGGCCAUGUUUACUGCCGCUCCGGAGCUCAUCGCCGACUACUUCUACAAAAACCGGUCAUUCACUUUUGAGCCGAAGCUGUCGAUGACGUGGAUUGGAUACGCCGCCUUCCUCUUCAGCACAAUGACUCUACCGCUGCCCCCUGCGUUCGGAGAUCCCUUACGCUACGCCAACGUACCGCCUCCUACUUCUGUCCUUCUCGACAACAUUCUUCCGCCGGCCAUCAACGAGAAAGUCCUUGUACGAUGCCUGUCACCCAAGUCUCAUCUGACAUCCUUUUUCGCCACAAGAAUCCUGGUCGCUGCGCUAGAGAAGCUCAAUGCCGCGGUUGGUAUGCUUGAGAGCAGCUCAUCUCGAAGUCGCAGCACCGUCUGGUCUGCAGCCGCUAGGCGCUUGGUCGACGCCUUUUGCCAGCGAAUCCCGGACAUGAAGGAGGUUGUCCGUUGCUACAGAAGCGUCCCACCCGAGAAUGCAUUGCACAGAACCCUAGCGAGCCGCUCGUUGCGAUUAUACUACGAGGUGAUUCCUCGGGUUGCUCUCGCAGCAAAUUUUGAUGUUUCUCCCUUAUUUGUGGACAUCCUCAAGUCCAUGUACCAAGACGAGUAUGAACCGGGCACCAAAGCUCUGGCCACAAUGGAACUAGAAAACCUCGUUUCCAUUGCUAGCUAUUCUCCUGGCAUGAGGUGGUUCUCGAAGAUUGAAGGUCUUGGGGAUGGCGCCUCUCUGUCUGCCUUUACCGCCCUCCUGCGACUGCUGUGCGAUGGCGAUCGCGACACCCCCGAUAACCAGCUCAAGAAGACAUUGUCCGACGUUGCAAUCGAAAAUCAGCUUGUUUCGAGGUCAACAGGAUUAAGGCCUCUACUCAGGGCUCUGCAAUGCACCGCUGAAGAUGCGAGUGUCAAGGAUCUGAGUUCCGUAUGGUCUCUGCUCGACAGCUGCAUAAAUCGGUGUGCCACUUCGCCCAUCAAGUACCUUGAUCAGCUUCAGAGCUAUUCGUCAACUGAUACCGUGUCGGGCGGAACUCAGGUGUCUUUACUCAGCGUCGCCUUGGUUGAGCAAACGCCAUACGCAAUAGACGCCGCGGAUUCCAAGUCAGUCCGUACUCUUGGACGGUUUCUUUCUUUGUAUCUCAGUGCAUGCCACCUCUGGGGCGGAGAUGGCGCACUUUCAGCGGUCCUGCAUCAGAAAAUUGGCGAGCACAUGGCGUCCAAAAAGGUCAAGCUCUCUGCUAUCAGCAACAAAGCUGACGUUGAGAGGCUGCAAGAGCCCGGCGCCGUGGCUCAGCCCGAAGCCGCUGCUGGUCGCGUCGAGCACAGCAAGCAGUCAAGGCUGAGUGACGCGUCAUUGCAGGAGAUGCUGCAGGUCCCUUUGAUGGAGGCCGGAGAUGCUGGAGCCCUCGUAAAGUGGACAUCGAAGAGCGUCGAGGAUUUCGUGGAAGACGGAUGGGCUGCGAACCUUGUGCGCCUCCUCUUGUCCGAGCACACAAACAUUCGCAAGGAGGCACUCGUCAACAUCUUGAAGAUGGCUGCCCAGAUCAAAGAGUCGUCGUACGAAGAGAAGACGCAGAUGUGGCUGAUACUGUCAGAGGUUGCUGAGUCUUCAAGGGCGCAGGUGGAAGUCGGGCCAGUACCCUCGGCAUUCACGGCUUUCACCGUCCACGCCAUCGACAUCUUGAGGAACCCGCUCCAUCCGCUGUAUCCAAAGAUUAAUUCCUUCCUGACGCGCAGCCCGGUGUGGUCACUGGAAAAGCUACCGCUUGCGCACGACAUACUCCAUGGGGAGCCGUCGGAGGAUGACAAGUACUACGCGGAGCUCGCGUGGCUCCUGACCUAUCUCCUGGACAGCCUCAAAACGCCGUUCGACCUGGGCGUCUUCCACAAGAAGAAAUGGUUCGAGAAGAUUCUCGCUCUGGGCAGCAACCCAUACCUGAGGUCGAAUCUGAGGACGAGGAUUCUGAGGAUCAUAUAUCGAGCCACGUGUAUCGACGCCGGCAGCACCACGCUGGUGACGAGGUUCGGGGUCAUGAGCUGGCUGGACGCCCAGCGGGCAGCCUGCGCCGUCGAAGACGACGCUGCAGUAUUCAGGCAGCUGAUGAAGAGGGUUUGGGAUACCUGCGACCAGCAACGGGUCACGGCAUGGAGUAACGGCGGCAUCACCAAGGUUUUCGGGGCGUUUUUGGUUUAG